AUGGUUCUCACACACUCUACCUCGCACACCUACUCGCACCCCUUCCCGACCGUCACCCUCGCCUACUUCCUGAGGUACUCGUCCCCGCGACUCAACCCCUUCGCCUCCCACGUCCUCAGCACCGACACCAUCGAGGCCCAUGUCGACCCGGAGACGCAGCGGCUUCACACGACUAGGAUCCACCUGAAGAAGAGUCGGAUGCCGAGCGCAGUGUACAAGCUCCUACCGGCCAGCGUGACGGGCGGGGGAUCGGGUGACAAGGCCUCGUACGUCCUCGAGACGAGCGUCGUGGAUAUUCGCGAAGGCUGGAUGAGCAGCGAGAGCAAGAACCUCAACUUUACGGGCGUGCUGUCCGUUGUCGAGAGGCAGAACUUCAGCAUCCCUUCGCUAAAGGCCGAGCAGGAGACGGAUGUGACCACCAGCGUCAUGUUCCGGUCCCGGCUGGGCGAGAAGAUUCGCGGCAGCCUCAAGAGCGGCAGUGCCACCAGCGAAAGCGGUGGCGGCUGGCUCUCAGGCCUGGCCGGUGGUUGGGGUGCCAGACGCAUCGGCAGCACCAUCGAGUCGAUGGCCUCCAACAAGACGCGGGACCAGCUGGGCAAGAGCCGCGACGGCAUGCGUCACGUCCUCGAGCGUAUCCGCAACACGGGCGUCAUCGGAGUCCUCGAGACGCUCAGGCGGGAACGCCAGCUGCGGGGAUGA